CGCCUCUUAAAGCGCUCGCUGAGCCGGGCCGGCUAGGGUGUGCGAGGCUGAAGCUACGCCCGUUACAAUUAUUCUGUGCGGAGCAGCCCAUGCAGAGCGCGCGUCGGAGGGCGGAGGAGCUGGGCCGUAGCCAUGUCCCCGAGAGCGCUACUGCUGUUGCGGUGCGUGGCCAGGGCUGCUCGGGGCUCAGGGGUUUGGGCAGCCCCCGUUCGCUAUUCUCUGGGGCCAGGGGCAGCCCCCGGGUCAGCGGCCGCCUGGAGGGAGUUCAGAUCAUCAGAGGAAGGCCACCAUCAUUUCUGUACUGCUGCUUCUCAGGAUGUCACUUAUAAAGAACUGAAAAAUUUGCUGCAUUCCAAAUCCAGUUUGUUGAUUGAUGUUAGGGAGCCAUGGGAAGUUCUAGAAUAUGGAAAAAUUCCAGGGUUCCUCAAUAUACCAUUGGAUGAAAUAGAUCAAGCUCUACAAAUGAAUUCAGAAGACUUUAAAAAGAAGUACAAUCAAGAUAUGCCUUCUAAGUCUGACAGCCUGGUGUUUUCUUGUCUAGCAGGAGUGAGAAGCAAGAAAGCUCUAAAUACUGCCCUAUCAUUGGGUUAUGAAAGUGCUAGGCACUAUCCUGGAGGUUGGAAGGAAUGGGAAAGCUAUGAAUAUCCAGAGAAGAAAAAAUGACAUGACAAUGAAUUUUGAAAGCCCGAUUAACUGUAUUGAAAACUAUUUUUAAGGUAAAUUAUAUUAUAUAAAGGCAACAGAAUAUAGUGAGGGAAAAAAAGCAUAUGAGUCAAAAGAUUUGAGUCUUUUAGUUGUUUCUAGUUGUGUAACCUGGGAAAACUCCCUUUACCCUCUCUGAUCCAGUGUCUUGGUUUGUAAAAUGGGUAUAAUAAUGUUUACUCUGUCUAAUUUAUUAGGGUUGUUAUGAAGAUAAUGUAUGAAAGACCUAGUGAAUUACAGAUAUGUUGUAGUAAAACCAGUCCACUUGUGCAUUUUAAGAACUUAAAGCAAAUACUGUCCUUUUUCAAAACUGAACUUGAACUUUUUGAAGAGGAAAAAGAGUUAAUAAAGUACACCUUCUACUUCGAUUUUAAUGUCAUUUGUCAAAAGAAGACUAACAUGCAGAGAAAAUAUAAUUAACUCGUUAUUCUGAAAUGUAAAUUUAACAUAUUUUGCAACUGUUUCAUAUCCAGGAAAUUUUGCACUGAAUUUUGUGAUAAAUUAUUAAGAGUAAUAAACUUCUACAUAAUCUAUUUGUGGCAAAGAGACCUAAUUUGGACAUGUCCCAUGCAUUGUAGCCAUUUGGAGACAUAAUGGGUUUUCUCCCAAAGAAUCAGGCUAGUAAAUGCUUAAAGUAGUAAGUCUUUAUUUCUGCAUAUUUUUAUCUCAUGCAAAGGAAGGCUUAAAAGCAGCUGGUUGGUGAGGUAGAUAGAUUUGGAGUCAGGAAGCCCCGAGUUCAAAUCCAGCCUUAGAUACUUGCAAUUUGUAUUCCCACAGGCAAUUAAUUUGACCAAGCUCAGUUUCCUCAUCUGUCAAAUGGGGAUAAUAAUAAUAGCACCUAGGGUUCGUAGGGUUGUUGUGAGGACAAAUUGAGAAGACAUUUAUAAAGUGUAUUGCAAACUUUAAAGU